AUGGAUGCUGAUAAAGUUGCGCACGAGCUUGAGCUCGAAGAGAGGCUGUCCAAGAUAAGAGCGCAGUCUAAUUCCAAGCUAGAUAACCAGAAACAUGUUGCAAUCACGCUGUCAGCCGUGGAAGAGACCAUGGGCGAGCAGAAGGAUGGCGCAGGAAAUGUCGUGAACUAUCUCAUCGCAUUCAUGUCACUGCUAGAUCAGUCUGUGUCGCAGGAGACCAGAGAGUUGCAGGACGUGCAACUGGGGGCGUCUUCCUGCUACCUUUUGGAUAUUGUAUUCCAGCAUACUCCGAAGCCGCUGCUACGGUCGAAGUUUGCGGAGCUACUGAUGAAGAUUGCGCCCUGCAUCACAGACCCAAGGACCACAGCUCCGCUUGUAAGGUCUGCGCUGGGGUGCCUGGAGGCGCUGCUGAUCGCCCAGGAUGCACAGACGUGGCAGAACACACAGGGCCUAUCUGUGAGCCCUGUCAGGGGUCUCAAUGGACUGCUGGAGCUCUCCUUGGAUUCCAGAGCCAAGGUGCGGAAGAGAGCACAGGAGGCGAUUGUCCGGAUCCUGCAGAACCCGCCACCAGCCCCCACUUCAGCCCAUGUUGCGGCGCCAGUAAUUGCGGACUUUGCUCUCAAGGCUCUCGUGUCCGCCAUUGAUGAAGCGGCCAAUAUCUCAAACAAGAAACUGCGUGCAGUUGGUGGCUCUGAUACCUUGAAUGCGAAGACAAUUCACAUACUGCGCUUGAUAGCAUCCAUUACAUCAACAAAUCAAUGGCCAGCGACUUUAACGGAACAACUAUGUGACCUGCUUCUCGAGAUUUCAAAGUCCUCGAACCAGUACUUAGUUUCCGAAGCCUUCGGUUGCUUUGAAGCUUUAUUUAACUCUAUGGCUGAGUCAAGCGCCAACUCCGGACUUGCAGAUGACAAGUUCUUGAACGUACUCGAUAUUAUAUUCUCGAUGAAACCAUCUAAGUCCGACGCCCACCUAGCAGUCGCAUGGAUCGCAGUUGUGGCAAAGGGUGUUUCCACAUAUGCAUCUCACCAGCCACUAAAAUGCUUAGUAAAAAUACCAGACGUUUUCAAUGUCAUCUCGUUUUACCUAGGCAGUGAGACUCCAGAGGUUUACUUCAGUGCAUCUCAGUGCUUGAUCGCGAUUCUAACAGACGCUAUCAAGGAUGAGCUUCUGCUCUACCCACCUCAGGUGGAUGGUGAGACUUUCGAAGCAGUGGAUGAUGUCAUUUCAAAACUCUCCGAGAUCUUUACCGGUUUCCUCACUAUCAACUAUACUCACUGUGCGAAGGAGGUUCUCAACACUCUGGCAGCUGCCUUUAAGAAGUUGAGACACAGAUGCAAUCCUGACUUUCUGCGGCCUCUAGAAAUAGUAGGCGCUUGGAGAACCAAUGAAGAGCAGUUCCUUGAUUUCAGGAAUGCAGCAGAACAAGUCAUCGGCGCUGCUAUUGAAGCAAUGGGCCCAGAGACUGUGCUGGGCUGCUUGCCUCUGAAUCUAGAAAACCCUUCGGAUAAAAGACCAGGAAGAGCUUGGUUGAUUCCUCUGAUUCGCGAUCACACCAAGAAUUCCCUGUUGUCAGUAUUUGCCAAGGAAUUUAUUCCUACCAUUCGUCAUUUCGAGUCCACCAUUGAGAAACUGGAUAAGGAGUCUAUCCAGUGCACAUUACUUCAGACUGUUGUUGACCAAUUGUGGUCUACCUUCCCUCAGUUCUGCGUUCUUCCAAAAGAUCUAAACGAUGUAUUCACGGAUGAGUUUGCUGCAGAGUUAGCGUCCCUACUUUAUUCCAGAAUUGAACUGCGUACUGUCAUAUGCAAUGGAUUGAAGGUCUUGGUCACAAGUAAUCUUCUAUACAGAGAUGGUGCGUAUAAGGACGACAUUAUUAUGGGACAGCAAUUCCCGCCGACAGAAGCGGAGAAAAACAUAGAAUACCUCUCCCAGAAAUCGCCCAAUAUGUUGGCCGUUCUUUUCAAUGUCUACACGCAGACUGCACCCAACGCUCGGAGCUAUAUUUUGGAAACCAUCGAGGCAUACUUGAAAAUUACUUCUGCGGAAAACCUGUCUAACACGUUUGAUAACGUAUGCGCAUUACUAAAAGAUGCCAUGGAUAAGGAGGCGUCUAGCCAACCUGUGAAGGGCCAGCCAAAAAUGAGUGCCACACUUCUAGAUCUUGUGGUGGUUAUGUCCAGGGUUGUUCCAGCAUCAUCAUACACUGCUUUAUUUUCUAUCUUCAACACGACUGUUAACUCACAGGAUGUUUUAACCCAAAAGAGGGCUUACAGGAUAAUCAGUAACGUUGCAGAUCUCGAGGGCGGCUCUGGGGCUGUACAGUCUUAUAUUUCUGACAUUGAAAACGUUAUGAUUGCCGCUGCCAAAACUGUUCAGACUGCCUCAAAGGCGGCCAGACUAACGGCCAUAACGGCGCUGGUUAAAUUACUGCCAUCUGAUCACCACAACUUCAUCGUCCAAAUUGUUCCAGAAGUCAUUGUGUCAUGUAAGGAUACCAAUGAGAAGUCCAGAGAGGCCGCAUUUGGAGCACUCAUUGUAAUGGGGAAGUUGAUGAAUGAGGGAAACGGUAUUAUCAAGCUAUCUCAGCUACCAGGAUAUGAUCCAGCAACUCCUGACCAGCAGUCGUCGGUCGCGGAAUUCUUUAAGAUCAUUUCCGCAGGUCUGAUUGGUGAGUCGCAGCACAUGGUGAGCGCUACUAUCACGGCAUACUCAUGUUUGGUCUUUGAGUUUAAGGAUGAGGUGGACCCGCAAGUCCUCUUGGAAAUAUACGACACGAUUGAGCUAUACCUAACUUCCAACUCUAGAGAAAUUGUGAAGAGCACGAUUGGCUUUUGCAAAGUGUGCUGUUUGAGUCUUUCCGAUGAAUUUAUGAGACCGCGCAUUCCCUCUUUGCUUCCAAAGCUGUUGCGUUGGUCACACGAGCACACUGGCCACUUCAAAGCUAAGGUUAAAAACAUCCUAGAGAGGCUGAUCAGGCGCUUUGGUUAUGAUUUUAUCGAUGCAAACUUCCCCGAAGAGGAUAGAAAGCUCCUAACAAACAUCAGAAAGACUCGUAACAGGAAUAAGAGAAAGGCUGCCGAGGAAGACCAAAAUGCUACAAGCUCUACUGUACAGUCAUCCCAGAAGAAUUCGAGGUUCAUGUCUGCCUUCGACGAGGCUAUUUAUGACUCCGAUGAAGAUGAAGGCAAUGAUUCUGACGCGAAUGAGAACACAAAGGCUAAGCAGUACAUUGUGGAGUCCAAGGAGGAUCCAUUGGACUUAUUAGAUGCUGGUGCUUUAGCUCACGUUUCGUCCACGAGACCAAAGAAGAUGAGCAAGGAAGAGAAGAGAAAGAAGCUGGCAUCGUCUGAUGUUUACAGCUUUGACAGCGAAGGUAAAUUGGUUCUUAAGAACGAGAGCGGACAAGCUGCUGAAGAGACACUGGAGUCACUAACCAGCGGCAUAAAUGCCUACUUGGAUGCUGUGAAGAACGGGCCAAUCAAGGGGCAGAAGGGUAGAUUAAAGUAUAAGAAAGGCAGACGUGACAAUGCGGACGAUAGUGAUGAUGAAGGUGUACCACAUCCGAAGGCGAACGGCCCACAGAGGCCAAACAGAGUUGGAAAAAAAGGCAUCCACAAGAACAGACGGAAGUUAUAA